CGAAAUUUUGACCAUCUCCAACUUCACGCGUCGCGCGUUUCCGCCGCCUGCAACACAACCACCACUCUUGCAACCUACAUGACAGAACUCUUGACUUCUGCUUGAUCAAAACCAUGGCGCCGUACACAGGCAUCGCACUGUCUCCCGCCGAACUCUCCUACCUCCAUGCCUCGCUCUCUCAAACCCCACCCAUUCGCCCCGAUGGCCGCUCCGCAACCACUUUCCGCCCUGUCGUCGCCGAAACAGAUAUCCUGCCGAGCGCCAAUGGUAGCGCAAGAAUUUGCUUUUCGGACGGCACGGAAGCGAUUGUGGGCGUAAAAGCGGAAGUUGAGAAGAGUGAGCGUAGAGGAGCGGGGUUUCAGACAAGGCCGAGUAUGGAUGAUGUUGCCAUGGGGGCUACGACAGAAGACGACGACGAGGAAGAGAAGGGUGGAGGCAGAGGAGAGGAGUCGUGGGUUGAAGUUUCGAUUCAGAUUCCUGAUAUGAGGGAUGAUGAUGCUUUGCCUGUUUUCCUCGCGGCCAUGUUGACGGAAGCUUUGCUCGCUUCGGGGGAUGUGAAGGAUCGGUUGUUUAUUAACAGCAGGUUUCAUUGGAGGUUGUAUAUUGAUAUCCUCCUCCUCUCUCAACCACUCUCCUACCCACUCCCUCUUCUAUCCCUCACAACCCACCUCGCCCUCCUCUCCACCCGUCUCCCAGCCCUGCUCUCCCAAGGCGACGAAGACCCUCUCUUCAACGACGACUGGGAUGCUUCAAAAUACCUCUUCCCGCGAGAUCCCAAAACAGGCAAACCCGUUGCGAAACCGCCCGUCACACUCCUUGUCAUGACAGUAGGCUCAAACAUCCUCUUCGACCCUUCAAAAGAAGAACUCGCAGUAGCGGAUGCCGUGGUGGCGAUUUCGGCUGCACAGGUUGACCCACAACAAGGCAGUGAAGAUGAGAAAGACGAGGGGAAUAUGCGGUUAGUCGCAUUGAGGACAAUCGAUCCGCCUAGUCGAUUGACGGCUGCUGGAGUACCGAGUACGACAACCACGACGAACAAAGACAAGGGUUCUAGUGUCGGUGGUGGAGAAACGACACUGAGUGCGGCUGAAAUGCUGAAGAUGAGAGAAAAGGAUGCGGGAGCGACGGUUUGGAGACCACCGAGGGGUGGAGUGAGUCGAGGGUUGAUGAAUGCUAUGAUUAAGGCAGUUGUGAAGAGAGGUGGGCUUGCGGAGGAAGUUUUGGAGGGGCUUGCUGGUGUUGAGACGUGACGCGGCGGGCGGGCUUUCGAGGAAAAGAAAAAACAUUGGAGAGCGGGUCACGCUGUUGACUGGAUUGAGCAUUAUGGAAUGCACCGCUUCUGGUGAUGAUGCUGGAUAUUGGGGACAAUUCUCUAUAUCAUCACUCAGAAGAAUGCCGAG